AUGUUGAUCAUAGGUAGGAGGACUAGUGAAUCUGAAACGAUGAAGUGUGAAAUAAAAACAAAAUUGCACACCAAAAUGAUCUUGGACAAAUGUAAAACCGUGUUAAUUUUAUCGAGUGUUGUGUGUACUUUGGCUGUAGUGAUAUCGUUGCACAAAUUGUUGAGUUAUGAUGUCAAAUUCACAAAACCUUUCGCGCCCAUACCAGCUGGUCUGUAUGGCAAUCAUUUGGAACCAUUUGAAGAUCAAAACCAGCUUCCUGCCAGCCCUAAGAGGCAAGACACGGCUCGCGAUGCCGAGGCGGUUGUUUCGUUAAAUGCUGCUCUUGAAAUGAAGAAGAAUGGCAAAGCAGAUAAAGCUUUAAAACUAUUCCAACAUGCCUUUGCCCUAUCUCCGAAACAUGCUGACAUAUUGAACCACUAUGGAGAGUUUUUGGAAGACACCAAGAAAGAUGUUGUCAAAGCUGACCAACUUUAUACCCUAGCACUAUCAAAUUUCCCAGAUCACACAGGUGCAUUGAUGAAUCGACAGCGUACAGCUAGUAUAGUUGAGAAUUUAGAUAGAGAAAUGUUGAAAAAGAUUGAUGAAAAACGAGAUGCACUUUCGUCAAUACCAGAGAACAAUGCUGCUCUAAGAAGAGCAAAGAAAGAGGCUUAUUUCCAACACAUAUACCAUACAGUUGGUAUAGAAGGCAAUACUAUGUCUUUAUCACAGACUAGAAGUAUUUUAGAGACAAGGAUAGCAGUUGCAGGGAAGAGCAUAGAUGAGCAUAAUGAAAUUUUAGGCUUAGACGCAGCAAUGAAGUACAUCAAUCAAACAUUGCUGUAUCGUUUGAGAGACAUCACUAUGGGAGACAUUUUAGAAAUCCACAAAAGGGUGUUGGGUCAUGUAGACCCAAUCGAAGGUGGUCAUUUUAGGAGAACUCAGGUGUACGUGGGUGGUCACAUACCACCAGGUCCCUCGGAAAUACAGAGGCUAAUGACACAGUUUUUAGAAUGGUUGAACUCUGAAGAUGCAAUGGAACUGCAUCCCGUAAGAUACGCAGCGCUAGUGCACUACAAGUUAGUCCACAUCCACCCGUUCGUGGACGGCAACGGGCGCACGUCGCGGCUUCUCAUGAACUUGCUACUCAUGCAGGCCGGCUUCCCGCCCGUCAUCAUCGCCAAACAGCACCGCCAUCUUUACUACCAGCAUCUACAGACCGCUAACGAGGGAGAUGUCAGGCCGUUUGUCAGGUGAGCUCAUACUACCAACACUCUACCAGGGUCGG